CCUCAGACAAGAGGGCCAGGGUGGCAGCAUAUACCUGACCUUGGCUCUGUGCAGUGUACCUGCUCUAGGACGCUUUCCCUGACUGUACAGCAGAGAAAAAAGAAAGUGUUUAGUGGAAGCAGACAGAUCCAGGUUCAGAGUUUGGGGGGCAGUCCCAGAAGUGAGUUAUGUGUGGGCAUUUUACAGGAGAGAGAGAUCCAUGAGUUAUGGCAUUCAGAGAAGGCUUCCUGGAGAAGGUACAGGUUGGGUGGAAUGUUAAGGGCAGUGGACUGAGACUUAGAAGACAUGAUUUUGAGUCCCUGCUCAUGAUGUGACCUUCGGUAAGUAAGUCAUUACCACUCAAGCCUCAGUUUCCCCACAUAUAAAAUAAAGAUAUUAGAUGAGAUAAUCUUUAAGGUUCCAUCAAUUUCUAAAUUCUGCAAAUCUGGAUUUUAGCAGGUUUGAAGGAUGGGUGGUUCAUUUAUACAUUGGAGAUGAGUGAUCUGAACGGAGGGCCCAGCUUGAGUAAAUAACCCAGCUCACAGAGCUGCCCCUCCAAACUGAGCCCAGAAACCUUCCUGGCCUUCCACAUCAGUGCCAUGGACAGAAUCACUAAGGACACCUACCGUGUCCAGUUUGCACUACCCGGGAACAGCCAGCUCAACCUGCGGCCCGGCCAGCACCUUAUCCUACGAGGGAUAGUAGAUGACUUAGAAAUUCAGAGAGCCUAUACGCCUAUCAGCCCUGCCAACGCAGAAGGAUACUUUGAAGUUUUAAUCAAGCAUGUGCCUGUCCCAAUGAAGUCUCCCUGUGUUUGCUCCCAGUGCUACCAGACUGGGCUGAUGUCCCGAUAUGUCGAGUCCUGGAGAGCAGGAGACACGGCUUUCUGGAGAGGACCUUUCGGAGGCUUUUCCUAUAAACCAAACCAGUACGGUGAGCUCCUCAUGCUGGCUUCGGGCACCGGCCUGGCCCCCAUGGUGCCCAUCCUACACAGCAUCACAGACAAUGCAGAUGAUGAGACUUUUGUCACCCUGGUCAGCUGCUUCAAGACUUUUGAGGGCAUCUACCUGAAAACCUUCCUCCAGGAGCAAGCCCGUUUCUGGAACGUUCGUACCUUCUUUGUACUUAGCCAGGAGAACUCCCUGGAGCAGCUUCCCUGGAGUUACCGAGAGAAGACCUGGUUCGGCCGCCUGACCCAGGACCUGAUUGAAGAGCUGGUUCGCUCCUGUCGGAGAGAGCCGUUUGCAUUGGUCUGUGGCUCAGCCGAGUUUACCAAAGAUAUGGCCAGGUAUUUGCUACACGCAGGCCUGGCUGAGGACUCCUACUUCCUCUUCUAGGCCUGGCCUGCUUUCCAAAGUCCAGGCCAGGGGCCUGCCAACAGGACACAGGAAGAGGCACAGACUGGAAUCAGAAGAUGUGGACAAAAGACCACCACUAACUUGCCAGGUGACUUUGGACAGGUGUCUUUGCCUCUUCACACCUCCAUCCCUCAUCUGCCCCAUGGAGUUACUGACUCCCUCAGACCGGAGUCCUGCUGCGCAGAGGGAAAACAGGGCUGCAGGAGUCUGGGGAGAGCAACCAGCCUGGAAAUGAGAGAGGACUGCACCAAGGAGUUGGCAGGAGAAGGGGCUGGAGGAGCUUCCCUGGUUCCUCAGGUCAGAGGGCUUGUGUGGGGCUCCUGUUGGACCCUGCCCUGUAAUGUCCAUUUCACAGCCUGUUUCCCCUAGAGACUGGGUACCCUUGUGUGGCCUCACUGCUGGCUCAGGUGAGGUGCUCACUAAGUGUUCAGGGAAUGACCACAGGAGUGGCUGAGAGAUUUCUGGAGGAGGAACUUGCCUUAGGUACCUCCAGUGCCAUGAGCCUGACACGAUGAAGGUCUUGGGUGCUGUGACCUGACCACGUUCUCAGAGGGAGGUGGGGCCUUGGAUUACCUCUGUUACAUAUUGGCCCUAGGCCUUUCCUGCCACAAACACAUCACUCUGAGUCUCUGUUCCUUGGCUCAAGAGCCCAGCCUAGAGUCCUUUUUCUAGCAAAAGAACCACAGACUCAAAUACCCCUCCCUCCUGCAGGCAGCCAGCUCAGCCCUCUCCUUCAGCUCUGGCACCCUGGCUACGGUUGCUAUGGAGAUCUAAAGAUAGAGCAGGAGUCAGGAGACCUGGGUCCUUCUCCCUGCUCUGCCCACUGAGUGGCUACUGAUUUGUGAUCCACCCACCCCCUCUACACCCCGCCUUCUCCAUCCUGCAUGAAGCAUGCCCUCUCCAGGGAGGCCAGCACUUCUGGGCAGCGCACUGCAGUUAAUGAAGUCUGCUUUUCGCAGCCUGGGCUCCAGUGUGCUGCACCAGCUCAGGCUGGCUAUAGGCAGUCAGUCCCAGAAUCAGAAUAUUAAGUCUUGGAAUCUCAGAGUGAGAGAACCAUAGAAUCAUAGACUUAGAAUUUUACGGUCAUAGAAUCACAGUCCUCAUUGUAUCAGAGAUGAUACGUUCAGGACUCCAGAGAGCAUCCAGUCUGCCAGAUUCAUUGUAUCAGUGAGGCUAAGUGACCUGCCCAAGGUAAAACAGUCCAUGGCAGGGCCAGCACUAGAAGUCAGGUCUCCUGAUGUCAGCUUUGUGCUCAGAGUUCUGUCUGCAUGAAUUUUAAACUAGGCUCCACAGGACACAAGGGUUCCUGGCAUAGCAGCUGUGAAGGGAUGGCCAGAUGGGACCUCCAGGUCCCUGCACCAACCAGAGCAGUUUUAUUUUUAUCCUAUUUAUAUCUUGGGGCUUGGAUUAAUUUUCAUUUGUGAAAAAGGGUUUACCUGUACCUCCCAAAAAGUUGCGACAAAUCUCUGCUGUUCCAUGUUCAGUAAAUAAUCAUGACAAGCAGUUGAGGGGAUGAUGCCAAAGGUUUCACACUAUUUCACAUGCAGAAUUCCAUGGUUAAAUAGAUGUGGGGAAUAUUGCAUAUGACCUUUGUCAAGAAUCAUGUACACAAGUAUAUUAAAAGCUCUGAAAAGUCCAA